CGAAGCUGAUAAAAAAAUUACAAUUGCCAGAGCUUAUUGUUUGAUGCAAGCAUGUUGCGCUACUAUAAAAGCAGCUAUCAAUGAGCCAGACACAGACAGUCGAAGCCGAAGCAGUCGACUACGCUCAGAGAUUUGAUACUGACCAAAAGGACCAAUGCAUGUACGCUUGGUAUAUGUAUGUACGCUUUAUAUUGGUCAAUGUACCUACUGACCAUUUUUUUUUUAUAGGUACGCUUUGAUUAUAUUGCGCGGUUUGUAUUCUGCGUACUGGUCUGUGUUCUCUAUUAAUCUGUGGGUCUGUCACAGAUGUCUAAUUUUACUCUGUUGUGUAUACGUCAUCCGUCAUCAGUCAUAAUUUUCAUAUGAUUUUCAUGUGAUUUUCAUCAUCAUCAUCAUCAGUAUAAAUUAUAAUAAGUACUGUAUCUUUGAUUGUGAUUUGAGUGAGAAACUGAGAAAUAAAUAAUAAUAAUUACGAGAUAAUGAUAGCGUAAAUAUGUAUUGUAUAGCAGCUAACUACAGUAAUUUUACAGUAAUUUAGGUUAAUUUCCUAUUAUAAUGACUGCUGCUUUGCAAAAUGUGUUAAAAGGAAGGAUUUUAAACAAUGUUUUUAAAUUCUCGAGAAAGUUUUCAUGUACGAACUACAAGUAUCCUUUAUUCCAAUUUUUCAUUGAAGAAAAAGAUAGAUUUAAUGGCAUCACUGUAGAUUCUGCUUCCUUGAAAUGCACAAAAGAAAUAUUUACCAAAACAUUAACUGAAUCACUCAAAAAAUGGUCUUCAGAAGGUAGAAGGUGUAUAUGGUUCAAAGUUCAUAUAGAAGAUUCAAUAUUUGUUCCUUUAUUAGCACAAAAAGGUUUUAAUUUUCACCAUGCCAGAGAUGAUUUUGUGAUGAUGUUCAAAUGGCUGCCUUUGGACGUGGAGCCAAACUUACCACCACCUUGUCACACCAACCUCGGGGUUGGAGCUUUUGUGAUAAAUGACAAAAGUCAAAUGUUGGCUAUAUCUGAGAAACAUUAUGAAUACCCGCACUGGAAACUACCUGGUGGAUAUGUAGAGAGAGGAGAAGACAUAGUGAGCGCAGCUAAACGAGAAGUUAAAGAAGAAACAGGAGUGGAAUCAAAAUUCUUAUCAUUGAUCACAUUUAGACAUACUCAUAACAUGAUGUAUGGAAACUCGGAUAUUUACAUUCUCCUUAUGAUGAAGGCCUUGACAGAAAAAAUACAUUUGUCUCAAAGAGAAGUAAAGGCCUGUCAAUGGAUUGAUAUAGAAGAAUAUAUAAAUCAUCCACAUGUACAUUUGUUCAAUAGAUUUGUGAUAAAACAAGCUCUUGAUUGCAAAAACAGGAAUAUCAAAUUGGAUUUACAAAAACAAACAGUUCAAUGGGCUACUAAUACAAGAAUUAUGGACUUUUUAUAUGUCACUGAAUAUGAUCGAUGAUAACAACUAAGAAAUAAGUUCAAAAUAUGAUAUAAUCAAAGGUUUAUUAAUACUUGUGUUAUUAUGAAUAUUUUUUUAUAUUAAUAUAUAAUGUUAAGUUUCUUGAUGUUUUAUUAAUUACCAUCAGGAUACAUACAAAAGCCAAUACAUAUACAUAAUACAACGUGUAAUUAGAACGCUAACAAAAACUUAGCGCUAUUUUUGUAUUACCUAAACACUAUCCAACACCAA